CCGCCGUCUGUCGGUUUGGACGCGGUCAAAAGCGGCAGAAAUGACUCACGACCACCUAUCAAUGACAGUUGGCGCAAGAUGGCGGCCGAGGGGGAGUACGAGUCGAUCCUGUGCGUGAAACCAGAUGUCAACGUUUACCGCAUUCCGCCGCGAGCCUCCAACCGCGCGUACAGGGCAGCCGACUGGAAGCUGGACACUCCAGACUGGUCUGGCCGAAUGAGGAUCACAGCCAAGGGCAAAGUGGCGUUUAUCAAGCUGGAGGACAAAAUCUCAGGAGAGCUGUUUGCACAAGCGCCAGUGACAGAGUAUCCCGACAUUGCAGUGGAAACAGUCAGUGACUCCAGCCGCUACUUUGUUCUGAGGAUACAGGACGACAGCGGUCGCAGCGCUUUCAUCGGAGUCGGCUUUGGAGACAGAGGAGACGCCUUUGACUUCAAUGUGGCUUUGCAGGAUCAUUUCAAGUGGGUGAAACAAGAGAACGAAAUCAGUAAAAAUGCACAUCUAGGAGAUUCUGGACCCAAACUGGACUUGGGCUUUAAGGACGGGCAGACCAUCACUCUCAACAUUGGACAAGGUAAAAGGAGGGAUAAGCCCCGCCCACAGAGCUCAGGUGGACUUGGACUCCUCCCACCACCACCUGGAGGCAAGAUAGCCCCUCCUCCUCCCUCAUCAGGGACAUCUAACCACAACACAGUCCCACAGACUGGAGGGACGGCGACAGAAUGUCUGCUGGAUCUGGACAGCAGUAACUCCAACACAGUGGUUCAGUCAAACCCCAAUGCAGACCUUCUUUGGGGAGACUUCUCAGCUCCUGCAAGCUCUGGUCCCCCUGCAGCCCAGCCUCAGAGCACCACAAACUGGAUCCAGUUUUGAUUGGCUGUGCCCCAAACCCGACAGGUGCAUCAUGCUGAGAGGAACACCUGGAGAGUGGCCACACGUCCUCUUUAUCGCUCUCUCAGAUCCUCUUAAGCAGCGUGUUGAAGCCAUCAAAUACGAGCCAUCUUCAGCAAUGUUUAAGGGCUACGUGCGCUUUGUGUUCGUCUGAGCGGAGCUUUGUAUUUCACACCGUGCCCCCGCCUCACUGUCACCCCCCAACCCCGCAGCCGCGGUGGCAUUUCAUGUGGAGAAAGCUUUUGUUUCAUGCAGCCUGUUGCUAUUAUGGUGUGAAAAAGAAGAAAAAGCACUUUUCAAGCUAAAAGAUUCUGUUUACAAAUAUUUUUUUUAUACAGGGUAUUUUUUUGUUGCUAGUAUCAUAAGAAAAAAUCCAUAUAAAUGUCUUUAUUUUGCAUAAAUUUUAAAGCAUUCCUGAAUAAGAAAGUUUCUAGGAGGAGUUGAAUGUUGCAUCUUAUUUACUGAAAGAUCUUUACUGAGAUUUUGAAUGUGUUGACGCCACUGAAGGGAUUCUUCACCUUCGUGCUGAUUAAAUAGACGAGAUUAUUCCAUGUAUUUUUGCUGUGAUCAAAUAACAUGAACUGUGUUUAUCUGUUAGUUUUUAAGACGAUUGAUGACGACAUGUUAGUGAAUGUUUGCUUUACAACAGUAUUUUGUCUUAUUUUUCUCUCAUUCUGCUUCGACUGUAAAAUCAAAGGACUAACAAGAAUAAUUUACUGAAAAGACAAUAAAACCUUUCAGUGGGUUUA